UAAGAGAGAUACAAUGGAAGCAAACUGGAACACAUCGAUCUUCACUUUCACCAUCUUUGGAUUCGUGGUGUUGGCAACUGUCUUGGCUGCCCAGACCUCAAGCUUUCGACCCCAGUGCCAGUCUCUGUUCUCCUGGGUUCGUGAUCCUGACGACUGUAGCCACUUCUGGCGCUGUGUGUGGGGCAGCCCUUACGAGAUGCCCCGGUGCCCUGAGGGGCAGGUGCUGAACAGCGCUCAUCAUGUGUGUGCACUCAGAGGAUCUCCGUAUGACAACUGCGACACCUGGGAAACUCUGACAUUGGCUACUGGGUUAACCCCGCCAACACAGACGACAACAGAUCUGCAGAGGGCGGGACAAGCAGUCACAUCAGCGCCUCGACCAACAACAUCCACCCCACCAUCCUCCAUCACCGCCUACAACAUUGCUGCACGACGUAUGCAGCACCCGCAGCACCACCCUGCUGCCACAUGCCCACGACUGCCGCUUGUACUACGACUGCUCUGGACACGCGGGUGUAGGGCCAGGCACCCCGGGUGCCUACCUGAGGGAAUGUCCCUCUCCCAAGCUGUUUGA